CAAAGUAGUAGUACUCCUAUGUUUUUUUCCCUUGAAAAAACUCCCCACGGUGACGCUUUGAUCUGGUGAAGACAAAUUAAACCUGGUCUGAUCAACCAAUUGGCAAUUAACAUCUCCCUCCCUCCCUCCAGCUUCACAUCCGCAAAACACAAAGAAGAGUGAGAAGAAAGAUCAAAAGGAACCCAAGAAGGAGAAGGUAGAGAACAAACAAAAAAAAACGCAGUUGUUGGGUCCAAGGCCACACAUCUCAAUAGAAAAGAUCAACAAACAAACAAGAGAGAAAUUUACCAAAAGCGUUUGUAAGAUUUUGUUUCUGAGAUCGAGCAUAUAUCCAGCUAACUAAAAAUUCAGUAAAAGAAGUCUUUCCAAGUUGAAGGUAGAGCGGAGGGAUUCUCGAGCCUAGCCAGCCUGAACCUGCGGGUUGGGUUCGGUCUGGGGUCAAUUUUUCAUUUCUACAAGCAAAACCCAGAAAUCGACGAUCUCCUUGUAUUUUCCAGAUCUGGAUCAUCAUGUUGGAGGUGGCAAGUCAACGCUGCAAGUGCGAAGAUAGCUUGUUGCUAUGGUAAAUGACUUGUGUAUCUACCAAAGGGCAUUUCUAGUUCAAGUUAAGCUCACAACAACUUAGCAGCAGUCCCUAUCCAGCAAUUAGAUUGUGGUGCCAGCACAAUGGAUACAAUGAAUGGAGGGAACAGUCUUCUUGAUAACAAUCCCAGUUUGGCUUCCAAGACAAGAUUGCGUUGGACACAUGAACUUCAUGAACGCUUUGUUGAUGCUGUAGCCCAACUGGGUGGUCCUGAUCGGGCUACACCCAAAGGUGUUCUCAGAGUCAUGGGUGUACAAGGACUGACGAUUUACCAUGUCAAAAGCCACCUACAGAAAUAUCGGCUUGCAAAGUACCUCCCUGACUCAGUUGAUGGGAAAAGUGCUGAUAAGAAAGAAUCUGGGGACAUGCUUUCAAGUUUGGAUGGUUCAUCCGGGAUGCAAAUUACUGAAACACUCAAGCUGCAGAUGGAGGUACAGAAGCGGCUGCAUGAGCAAUUGGAGGUGCAGAGGCAGCUACAGCUGCGCAUAGAAGCCCAAGGAAAGUAUUUGAAGAAAAUAAUUGAAGAGCAACAACGGCUCAGUGGAGUUCUCUCUGAAGUGCCUGGCUCAGGGGUCUCUGCCCUGGCAUCAAUUGACAACUGCCAAGAAUCUGACAAUAAGGCUGACCACCCAGCAACCCCAGCCCCGACUUCUGAAUCUCCACUAUUGGACAAAGCUACCAAGGAACAUGCUCCAACCAAGAGCCUCUCUCUUGAUGAAUCUUACACUUCGCAUCAUGAGCCACUUACGCCAGAUUCUGGUUCACAAGCUGAGAGCCUAAAAGGUGAGAGGCCUGUGAAGAAGCAACGGCUGAGCACGGGUGCAGCAAGAUAUGCUAAACCAGAGAUGAUGCUCGUGCCCCAGAUAUUCGAGUCAAGCUUAAGCCCACCCUACCAGCAAACCAAUUCUGUUUUCCUGGCCGGAGAGCAGCUUGACCAUUCUUCAUCAGGGAUGUCUAUUGGCAAUGAAGACCAGCUGGAAAAUAAUUCAGGCAGGAAUUUAUAGGAUUUAUGUAGCAUGUUAAUUUGUAUUUGAUGGAUCUCCAGUUUCCUCGUAUGCGUAGUUUCACGAGUGAGAUAUUUGUAAUUAGGUGAAGAAACCUCGUUAGUUCAUUGAUGGCAUGAUGUUAUUCUAGGUUGAGAGAGACAUUUUAGGAAUUUCUGUAAAUACUUGUCUUUGUCAUGUCUGUGCAAGAGUUUAUUUUAGGUAUCAUUCCUGCAAA